AUGCAAUUUCAGUCUCCAGUAGUAAAAGGAAAGAGCAUGCGGCAUAGCACUUACAGGACCCGACGCAUGCUCCUGAAUCAAGUCAGUUGGGGAGAAGAGGUUUCAAAAUCUUAUGAUGUGCCAAGGUAUUCCCAGGUACCUAAAGAAAUGGACGCAACAAAGUCCACAACAGAAGAGCUUGAGCAAGUCGUGGUGAUACUACUGAAAAAUGGCCAUCUCAGGGAAUUCUUAAGUGACCAUGCUAAGAACAAUUAUUGUCGCAAUCGUGAUAACAGGAAGAGCUCAAAAGUAGGAGAAGAUCCCCCGCGCCUAACGAUCAACAUGAUUUUUUGGGGGAACGAGAUUAACGGGGUUACCUUCUCGAUAGCAAAAAAGAUGAAGGUAUCAGUAACCUACCGCAAGAGACUCCGGGAAGUCGAUGAAGAUGACAUCACUUUAACGGAAGAAGACGUAGAUGGAUUGUUGCUUCCAUACAUUGAUGUAUUGGUAAUUUCUUUAAAUGUAUUAGAUUUUAAAAUCAAACGUGUUUUGGUGGAUCUAGGGAGUUCGGCCAAUAUUAUACAAUGGAUGGUAAUGGAGCAAGACAAACUUACUAGAAGCAUCAUUCCGACCACAAAGCUCCUUAUCGAGUUCAACCUAGCAAACGUGACAAUCGGAGGAGAGAUUUUGCUUCCCAUGAAUACCGAAGGGGUGAUGAAGACGACCCUUUUUGAGGUGUUGGAUGGUGAUAUGGGCUACAAUAUUAUCCUGGGAAGACCAUGGUUGCAUGUGAUGAAAGUUGUGCCAUCGACAUAUCACCAGUUGCUUAAAUUCCCAACUCCCAAGUAA